GGGCCACUUUCUCGGGUGGAACUUCAGCCGUGCUAAAUUUAUGAUUCAUAUGUGACUGAAGGCGUGGAAACUGGAAAAUUAAAAAUCCCGACAACUGUCUAAGUCGAAAGUGACAAUGUUUACACAAUAAUUUACAUCCUGACUAUUGGCUCCAAUUCAUAAAAUUGUAUAUUCCCACUGACUAUGUUCACAAUUACACAAUGUUACAUGUCGCUAUCUGCUAAGAUCCGAGGUAUAAUUGGACGGUGACAAGCGGUCUGAAUGUGUAAACAAGCCAUUGAAAACUUGGUGGUGCAAUCCAAAAUAGAACAUAGGAGCUGUUAACAGUGUCGAUGACGAUCAAACAGGUCACCGGAUAAAAAUAUGAAGAUAUCGGCGGCGCGGGACAAUGCUGAAGCACGUGCAGACGAGCCCGCGGCGCUCGACGCUGGCCCGCGCCGGCCGCACGGCAGACACCGUCAGCAUCGACUCGGGGCGCAGCUACAGCCCGCUGCGCUCCACCCUGAGCCGCGCGCCGCGCGCUACCCCAGACACCUCCAGCACCGACUCCUCGCGCGGCCACAGCCCAGCACGCGGCUCCCUGGCCCACAAGUUCGACACCAUCAGCGUGGGCUCCUCCCGCGACUUCAGUCCUCUGCGCGCCGCGCUGAAGGGGGACGUCGACUCGUUCCGCGGCGGGUUCAGCACGCUAAGGAGCUCCCGGGCGCGCUCCAGCCAGCGCUCGGACACUCCAAGUGUGUCCUCGUCCUCCUCGGGCAGUCUGAGUCCGCGCCGGUCGCCCCGUUCCCGCUCCACGCCGCGCGAGCUGGUCAGGGACGCGGUCAGGGCGCGCCAGGCGCUCGGACACUUCGAGGGCACCCUGUCGUCGCGCUCGUCAUCCUACACGUCGCUGAAUGAUACACUGAGCAGCACGGGCAGCGCCAGCGUGCCCGACACACCCACGGCCACGCUGCGGCUCUACACGCGCUGUAUUCGGCCCGACCUCGAGUACCGCACCAUGAGUGUCAAGUACACCACCACCUGCGGAGAGAUCGUCCGCCAACUGCUGGCCAAGUACCGGCUCAAACACCGCGACCCGAAACUCUACAACAUCAGUCUGGAGGUGGCCACACGAGGAGCAGGUGCCACGGUACAGACGGUGCUGGAUCUAGAUGACGACGCGUGCCCGGCCCAGCUGCAGGCCUGCUACCCACGCGCUGACUCCAGGUUUAUAGUGCGACCGCGCCCGGGCGGAGCGGUGAAGGUCAUUGACAGCAUCCUCAUGGCCGGGUCGCUCUACAAAAGUCUGAUGAUUUCGGAGCGGACCACGGCCAGAGAGGUGAUCCAGCUGCUGCUCAACUGUUACGACUCCGAUGACAGCCCCAGCGGGUACUCGCUGUACGAGAUGUGUAACAACCUCAAAUACGAGCGGAAACUGCACGAGGACGACUGUCCGCUGGCGCUGCAGCGUGAGUUCCCCGACGUCUCCGACUACAGCCUCAUCAUGCGGAAGAAGGUGGCACUGACGCCGCGUACCGGCCGAGAGUUUCCCGUCCGGCAAUCGUUUGUCCGCUGGAGUCGGAGUCGGCAGUCCCUCCGCCCCGUGGAGCACCAGCGGCGCAGUGCGCCACGUCUGCCGCCCACGCCACUCCUCUCCUGCGACAGCGAGAACGACAGCGACGACGACGACGUCUUCUACAUCUGAGUCGGCGUCGUCGGCCGCACACACAGCUGGAACCAAAGACAAUCUUCUGGCGGCUCCGUUCACCAUAAUAAGGACGGACCCGCCACAGAGGAUAAACCCAGGUCGCGCCGGGGCAAGAUCUGACGCUGUGAAACACCAACACCUUGCCGGAUUGAGGGGUAACUUCACGUCGGGUACAGCCGACCUGGCGGUUACCGAGCGUCAGAGCCGUUGGAUCCCUGCUCCGACAGAAGACAGUCACGGAUCCGUGGAUCCGGACCCGGCACAGAACUGGCCGGAUAUAAGGCGGUAGCGAUUCGGUCCCGUCUCUCUCGCUCUUAGAGAGAGGCAUGGAUCCGAAGUGAUUUAGCUCGCCGAGUCUGACUACUUGACGAGUGUGGACCAGAAUCUCGCGUCUGAAGUGCAGCGGUGGAGUGGGGCGGUAUGAGCCAGUUGCUGAUAUUCAGGAGAGCACACAGGCUCAAAUAUGACUGGUUGGUUAUUGUGUUAAAAGUGAAGGUGACCGGCAGACAGCCGCAUAUUAUAUUACCGAGAGGUGCUGAUGAUAUAUGCGCCUACAAGUGUUAUGUAACGAGAUUGAGGUGGAUGUGUCUAGUCAGCUAUUUGUUGCGGCUUGUUGUUGUGCGCUAGCUGUUCGCAAAAUAUAGCGAAAGUGACUUAA